AACAAAAUACAAAACAAAUACAGUACGACAGCGACAGUAAAUUGCCUCCAAAUUCGUACUUAUAUUUUCAACAAGUCCUAGCAUUUUUCUAAUUAAUUAUCUAUUCAAUUGUUAUAUAUAAUUAUUACAAGAAAAAAAACUCUAAAAAAUUGACAAAAAGCUCUGAAUAUUUGUGAUAAACUAAUUACAAAAAAUGUCAAAAAUGGAACAUGAACCAAUCACAUCGAAUUCGAUUAUGGAGCAAAUCCAAAUUUUGAUUAAACCACCGCCUCCAGAAGAAGAUGUUAAAGUUGUACAAAAGCCAAGUGUGACCAAGCAUCCGUACUAUCGGCGACCUGGACGUGGACAUAACCAUGACUCGUGCGAUGCCUGCAACGAAGGUGGUAAUCUUUUAUGUUGUGAUAGAUGUCCAUCAAGUUUUCAUUUGCAAUGCCACGAUCCUCCUCUAAACGAGGAAGACAUCCCAAGUGGACAAUGGCUAUGUCACAAUUGUCGCAUGACUUCCAAGCCGUUGUCAUCAAAAGCCAGUUCGGUAGAACGAACUGCGGCUGGCCAAAAGCUUCUCGGAGCCGACCAUUCGGAACAAUCACGACCGAAUACACCAGAUCUUGAGGUUAUUCCUCCAAAAAUACGUUCUCUUCGCAAUCGCAGCAGUAGUCGCACUUCUGUGUCAAGCGAAUCGACGACGACGACGGCAAACGAAAAAAGUGCCAUUACAAUGGAGAAAGUUUCAUUGGGGAUUGCCAAGGCUCUAGAAGCAAACAAAAAACCAAAUCCGCUUCAAGAACUUAUCAAAGCGGCGAGCACUUUAAAUCCGAAACAAUUUGAAUUGCCUAAAGAACUUGAGCUUCAUACGCAGUUUCCAGGAAACGAUAAAGUUGAACCAAUUAAGAAUGGGACUAAUAAAAAACCUGGUGUUCGUCGAAACUCUAAGCCAAACGAGUUAGAUUCUCAGGGUCUAGUGCCCCUGCCAGCAAAAACUUGUUUUUAUUGUCGAAAAUCCUGCAAAAAGGCUCCACUCGUGGCAUGUGACUACUGCUCGUUAUUUUAUCAUCAAGAUUGCCUUGAUCCCCCAAUGACUGUUCUACCUGCUGGAUUGUGGAUGUGUCCAAACCAUCCAGAGACUUUUGCUGAUUGGCAUAUGUUGGAUAGUAUAUCUGCGACCGAACGAGUUAAGCUGUGGAACAAAUUCUCUACUCCCUUUGAUCAUGAAGUUGUUAAAACUGAAUUCUUUCGUCGCGUUCAUACACGCAAUCCACCGUUUCGAGUGAAAUUAGCUCGCUCCCGCUUUGUGGAUGCCAUUCAAAUACCACCAAUGAUUCAAUAUCUCUAUGACAAUCCACCCAAACUUCUCCCCUCACUUCGCGAUGCCUACCGGUGUUCCAAUGUCUACCGUCGCAAGAGAAUGUCCCCACCUCUGCCAGACGCUGUUUGCUUCGAAUCUGAUAAUAUCAAACAAAAAGUAGCCGAAAGCGUCAGAGAGCAAUUGGAGGCGAUGAAAUGUGCAAGAGAGAAACUUCGAGAAGUUCAAAUCAUAACCAACUCAGAGGAUUUGUUAGGUUUUGAUGAAGAAUCUGAAAAUAAUACCGAAAACACGGCAGCUAAUAAAGAGAACAACACAAAAGAUGUUAAGAAACCAGUGAAAAAGACUGCGAAAAAGCAGGCCAAAACCCUCGAGACUGAUUCUGAGGACGAUGAUGACGAUUCAUGUAACACUGAUGAUGCAGAUGAAUUGUCUGAAAAGAAGAAGAACGAAGCAAGUGAGGGAAUGACAGAACUAACAGGAGCUAAAAUAGACUAUGAACUUAAGUACCUUGAUGUGGAUAUUAUUAAGAAACUUGCCUUCCAGCGCCUACAACAAAUCAUCACAGACAAUACUGACUUGGUAGUGCAAUACCAAAAUAGGUCAGCUGCAAAACGAAUUCGUGAACUGAUACGUGAUAAUGAAAAAGCACCCACAGUUUUGCCCAGUCAAAUUCUUUGUCCCGAAGAUUUACAUCGUUUGUCGAUUAUGUUCACCGAGGAGAAAAAUCUCGCCGAUAUUGACAAGUAUGAGAACUACAAACCAAAACAAAAAACUGACACAGAGAAGACACUAGAAAUUGCCAUUAGGCUUGAGCCACAAAUUGCCAGGUCGCAGAUAAGAACACGGGCUGUUCUCACACCGUUGGGCAAUUUGUUGGAAGAAGACAAAUGGUUUACGAAAAUCGAUUUGAGAGAAUCUGUUUACAUGGAAUAUAGAAGUUUUAGCGUUGGUACAGGCAGUGGUAGCGAUUUGUGUCUAGACAAUGUAGGUCAAUGCAGGCGGGUCUCACCAAAACAUGCCGCAAUAUUCUAUGAUAAUUUAAGUAAACAUUAUGAAUUGAUAAAUUAUUCAGAACAUGGCACUGAGGUGAAUGGACAGCUAUAUACGUGUGACUUUAGAGAGGUAGAACCUUCGCCAGCGAAACAGUACAAGAAUAUAACAAUUGAUUUGCAUAAGAAAGUGCAAGAGAUUCUCGAUAAACGAAGAGGAAUCAAACGUAAAAAUGUUGUUCUCGAUGAGAAUUCAAGAAUGGCCGGACCUGUUCGACCCGAAUGCAAAUGUAGCAAUGCUCCACCACCACCAAUGAUUAAGGGUUGUUGGGAAGGUUCAGCUAUUCUAACCCAUGGAACUCUCAUCCGAUUUGGUUGUCUAGCGUUUGUAUUUUCUGUACCAGAUUUUGAAAAAUACAACAUUCAUGGAAAGAACAUAUAAAUAGAUCAUUUUGUCAGUGUUUUCAUAAUUAAAAGAAUAGUCUUAAAUUUUUCAUAAAGAAUUGAAUUAAGAAGUUGAAAUUGAAAAAAAAAAGAAAACAUAAUUAUGUACCUAGUGAGAUAUGGCUUUUUAAAAGUUUUACUUUUUGGACAUAGUGGAUUAAUUUAUAUUAAAAUAAAUGUUUACCAACUCUAGAAUAUCUUCUGUCUUCUAUU